AUGGCUGCGCGGGGCUGGCAGGCCGAGCUGGCCCAGCAGGCCGAGGAGGGUUCUGCCCGGCUCCGGGAGUUGCUCUCGGCCGGCCUGGGUUUCCUGCGCACCGAGCUGGGCCUCGACCUGGGGCUGGAGCCCAAGCGCUACCCGGGCUGGGUGAUCCUGGUGGGCACCGGCGCGCUCGGGCUGCUGCUGCUCCUGCUGCUGGGCUACGGCUGGGCCGCGGCUUGCGCCGGCGCCCGCAGGAAGCGGAGGAGCCCGCCCCGCAAGCGGGAGGAGGCGGCCUCGACCCCGGCGACCCCCGAAGACCCAGCCCAGCUGAAGAAUCUCAGGAGCGACGAGCAGAAGAAGAAGAACCGGAAGAAGCUUCCCGAGAAGCCCAAACCAAAUGGUCGGACUGUUGAAGUCCCUGAGGAUGAAAUCGUUAGAACUCCCCGUAGAAUAACAGCAAAGCAGCCACCAGAGACAGACAAGAAAAACGAGAAGUCAAAGAAAAAUAAGAAGAAAUCAAAGUCAGAUGCUAAAGCAGUGCAAAACAGUUCACGGCAUGAUGGAAAGGAAGUUGAUGAAGGGGCCUGGGAAACUAAAAUUAGUCACAGAGAGAAACGACAACAACGUAAACGUGAUAAAGUACUGACUGACUCUGGUCCAUUGGAUGCAACUAUCCCUGGGAUAGAAAAUACCAUCACAGUCACCACCGAGCAACUUACAGCUGCAUCAUUUCCUGUUGGUCCCAAGAAGAAUAAAGGUGACUCUCAUCUAAAUGCUCAAGUUAGCAACCUUAAGUCUGGAAAAGGAGACUCUGCGCUUCAGGUUUCUUCAGGAUUGAAUGAAAAUCUUACUGUCAAUGGAGGAGGCUGGAAUGAAAAGUCUGUAAAACUCUCCUCACAGAUGAGUGCAGGUGAGGACAAGUGGAACUCUGUGCCACCUGCUUCUGCAGGCAAGAGGAAAACAGAGCCACCUGCUUGGACUCAAGACACUGCUGAUGCUAAUACCAAUGGGAAAGACUGGGGAAGGAACUGGAGUGAUCGUUCCAUAUUUUCUGGCAUUGGGUCUGCUGCUGAGCCAGUUUCUCAAUCUGCCUCUUCUGAUUAUCAGUGGGAUGUUAGCCGCAACCAGCCCCAUAUCGAUGAUGAAUGGUCUGGGUUAAAUGGUUUGUCUCCUGCUGACCCCAGCUCAGACUGGAGUGCGCCAGCAGAGGAGUGGGGGAACUGGGUAGAUGAAGAAAGAGCUUCACUGCUCAAGUCCCAGGAGCCGGCCCCUGAUGAUCAAAGGGUUUCAGAUGAUGAUAAAGAAAAAGGAGAAGGAGCUCUUGCAACUGGAAAAUCUAAAAAGAAAAAGAAGAAAAAGAAGAAGCAAGGUGAAGACAACUCUCUCACACAGGACACAGACGAACUAGAAAAGGACAUUAGAGAAGAGCUUCCUGUGAAUUCCUCCAAAGCCCGUCCAAAACAGGAGAGAGCCUUUUCCCUGAAAACCACGAGCACUAGUGACCCAGCUGAAGUACUCGUCAAAAAUAGCCAGCCUAUCAAGACUCUUCCACCUGUUAUCUCUACCGAGCCAUCUGUCACCUUAUCAAAAGGAGACUCUGACAAGAGCUCUUCCCAAGUGCCACCGAUGCUACAAGACACAGACAAACCCAAGUCAAAUGCUAAGCAAAACAGUGUGCCUCCCUCACAGACCAAGUCUGAACCUAACUGGGAAUCUCCAAAACAAAUAAAAAAGAAGAAAAAGGCCAGACGGGAAACGUGAAUUUUUUUUUCCUGAAUUGGACAUGUGUUUACAAACACUGUCUUGAAUAUUAUGCUGUUUAUGCAAUAAUUUGUGAACAUGUACAGAGUUUUAUAUAAAUUUAAACCAAUUUUUAAAACAAAACUGAACACAACCACCAUAAAAUGGAAUCAAUGGAAAGUUAAUUUAUGAGAUUAAGAAGUCAACGGAAUACAUACUACAGUGCUGGAAGGCACUUGGGAGAGUCUUUUCAAUUGGACAAGAGUGAUCUUGAUUGAAGAAUAUUGUCCUGGUUUUACAGCAGUUCCCUGUUUACAACAGAUUGUGCCCUGUCUCGUCUGCAGCUGAGGAAUAAUGGGUUCUGAUUAGAAGGCGGCCUGGAAACCAGUGGGCAGCUCCUUGGACCUUAUGCACGAACUUAGACCGUUUGAAUCUGUUUUACGCUUAAAUCAAAGUGCUUUGAUCAAAUGUGUAAUCUGCCAUAUCUUUACAUAUUUGUUGUAGCAGUUUGUAUUAAAAGAAUCACAAGUGCAAAUAAAAAGUCAUUUAUCAUUUGUUUAACUAAACUGUCUUGGUUUAGUUUACAGUUCUUGAAAAGUUCUUAAUUAAAAUAUUGAAAAAUGCAAUUGACAAACGUAUGGCUUACAAAGUUAUUUUUGAUAGUCUUACAUUACUUGAAUUAUUCAAAAUAACAGUAUAUUUUAAAUGAAGAAAGGUAAACUAUAUUAUUUGUUUGGUAUGUUUAAGGCUGAGAACUAACAAAUAAUGCUCUUGUUGAUGAUUUGAAAACUUUCAGGAAGGCAAAAUCAACUUAAUAUUUUUCCUUUCUCUGGCAAUUUUUCCAAUGUCAACCUAUUAGUUGCUAGUAAUGUUUUCACUUUAAAAAUGAAGUAACUCACCACUUUUGAGCAUAUGAUGCAGAAUGGCAAAGUAGUCAGACAGCUUUAAUUGACAUUGUUGAGACCUCCAGGUAUCAGGAAUACAUUUUUUUACUGCCUUAACCUGUAGUACGUAGAAUAUGCAUCAAUUUCUUGAAGGGGAUUCAUGUUUUUUAUAAGAAUUUUCAUGUAUCUAUUGCAAUUGUGGUCAAAAAAAAAAAGGAACAUUUUCUGCUUGAAACUGUUGAUUUCAUUGACGUGUGAUCUGUCACCGUUUUCAGGCACUGUGUGAUCUCUAGGAAACUGGCAGGCCGCUCUGUAUCUGUUAAUAGUGCAUGCUUGGCCAUGUACACUGUAAAUAGCCUUUACCAAACCGUGUUUGACAAAGGACCAUAAUUAACAUCACUUAGUGAAUUGUGAUAAAGAAAGAAAAAAGCCAUGAUGUUGAUGUGAGUGGCUUGUUUUCAUGUGGCGCCGGGAAUGAACCUGUUUAAAAGCUAUAACCAAUGGUACUGAUCUAUCCAUCGAAUACUGUCUUUAUAUUUGGCUGUAGUGUAAUAGUAUUUCCUGCUAGGAAAGCUACAAGAUGCAAAAUGGCUUAGUCCUGCUGAAGACUGGCCUUACUAACAGACAGCUUUCCUCGAGAGCCAUCCACAGCUUUUUAUCAGGUGUUGGCAUCUGUGUCAGGAACAUGGCCGUGUGUUUACAUGUCGUCAGAGUUUUGUUUGAGUGGGAUUUUUAAAUUAAUUGACUUGUUUAAAUAAAUUGAGAAAUGGAUAGCAUUGUUUUAUUUGCCUUCACCAUUGGGGUUAAUAAUAGCUGAUCUGCCAGGAGUGGAGCCUUGAGGUGGCUCUGUGAGCUUCACGUUCCCUCGGGGGCUGCCGCAUUUGUGUCACAAGGGGAAUUUGUAACUACAGAGUGUGCCAAAAGGUCAGCACUCAGAAGUUCAGUUGAACUCUCUCAACUCUACCUCAGCGUUCCUUUUCCUUACAAUUCUUUGGGCUGGGCCAAACAUGAAAUUUGAUUUCUUGUUUCAUUAUCUCCGGAUUCGAUCACUUCCUGUAUUAAGCGGCACCUGCACCAGGUAGUUACAGGACCGUCUUUGUGAGGAGAAAUUGUCAUGGGAGGGAGUAGACAGAGCACAGCGGUACACUGGGUGGGUCAGUUUGGAGAUGGCCUCUGUGCCUUCCUGCCGUCUGGCUUAUGAGCCAGCCCUUUUUGUCCUUCAGAAGGAGGCAGCUAUACAAGGGAAAAUUAACUCAGUUCCCUUUAACGUGUUCAUUGCUGGUGGCCUCUAAAGAUCUUUAUGUGACAGGACUCGGAUUCCUUGUCACCGGAGAGAGGAACUGGUUUCUGUGGUCAUCGGCUCAGAGAUCUAGGUAAUGGUGAUUAGGGAGUGGCAAGAAAGAGGGCCCUAUUGUUUUGUGCUAGCUGGGGUGAGGGUCUCUGAUGUCCCCUGCCUCCCUGCCAUGGGUUUUCUGGAAAGCCUUUCUGUUCUGGAGCAGUGGUAGCCAUGCCAGAGUUCUCCAACUGCAUCCUCCCCAUCCAUACCCUAAAUUAAGAAACGAACAGUUGAGAGAGUCCAAAAAGAAAGUAUUGAGAUAAAAUAUCAUUAGUGUAAUUUGCCAUGUUUAAUUUGUGCAUGUGUUUUAUUGGGGAGGGAAGGUCGGAAUAAUUUAUCCAAAUCUAAUGGUAUUAUUUCACAGGCUAAUCCAGUUUGUAUUCGAGUUAAAGAUCCCAGAGGGUGGUAAUUAACUGCAGAGUUUAGUUUUUCUUAAUUAAAGUCCUCUACUAAUAUAGUGUGAAAUAUCAAAAUUUAGGAUUUAGGUUCUAAGGUGUCUAAUGGCUGUCUUAAGGUUUUCCUGUAAACUCCUUGCACAAACUGGAAUUGGAAUUGCUUUCAAAAGACUUGGGGAAUGAAAAUAUGUCAUGUGUAAGAUGCACUGAGUGUUGUAAAUAAAACAGAUCAUUUUUGUUUUGUUUAAA